AUGGAUGCAAAUAACACUGUAGUAACAGAAUUUAUCCUUCUGGGAUUUUCCAAGUUAGGGGAAAGCCAAUUUUUUCUUUUUCCCCUAUUCCUUUUAAUGUAUGUUGUUACAGUGGGUGGAAAUAUGUGUAUAAUCAUUACAUAUAACUUAAAUCCAAAUCUCCAUUCUCCAAUGUACUUUUUUCUUGGAAAUUUCUCAUUUUUGGAAAUACUUUACGUGACAAGUACUGUUCCAAACCUGUUACCUAACUUGUUAUCAGAUCAAAAACGUAUCUCUUUUUAUGGCUGCGCCACUCAGAUGUACUGUACCUUGACUUUCGGAGGAACAGAGUGUUAUUUGUUGGCAGCCAUGGCAUACGAUCGAUAUAACGCCAUUUGCCGACCUUUGUUAUAUCCCGUUAUUAUGAACAGAGAAACUUGCAUUAAGCACAUUGUUGGAUCAUGGUCCAUUGGGGCAGUAAAUGCAUUAAUACACACAACCCUUACGUUUUCUUUGCCAUUUUGCAAAUCUAAUCAGAUUAACCAUUUCUUCUGUGACGUUCCACCAUUGCUACAACUGUCAUGUCGAAAUACCUGGAUCAACGAAUGCACAAUAUUUGGUGUUGUCAGUUGUGUUGUCAUCGCCUCAUUUAUAUUAACAAUGUUCUCCUACUUACAGAUCAUCUCAACAAUUCUACAAAUGCAUUCAAGUUCUGGGAGGAGGAAGACCUUUUCAACCUGCUUCUCUCACUUGAUAGUUGUUACAAUAUUUUAUGGGUCUGGAAUUUUUAUGUAUUUUAGACCCAAAUCAAGUUAUGGGAUGGAUCAAGAGCAAGUAGUAUCUUUAAUGUAUACAGUGAUUGCACCUCUUUUAAACCCUUUUAUCUACACUCUUAGAAACAGAGAAGUAAAAUUAGGAAUUAAAAAGAUAUUGCACCUUUAA